AUGGCCUGCCCGAUAGCUGUGGCUCUCCUUGUCCUGGUUCUGGCCAUGGACGCCCAAGCUCAAGAAGACCCACUCUUGCCCUUUACAGAGUGGCUGGACUCAGAGGAGCUGGUGAUGCUGAAAUGGGGCUUUGACGACGUCCAAGGAAACAUUACCUUCGAGUUGUGCGUGAAUACCACGGGCUGGAUCAGCUUUGGCAUGAGUCCCAACGGGGGCAUGACUGGAGCUGAUUUGGUCAUUGGAGGAGUAAACCCAGAUGGAUCUUAUUUUGGGGACUACCAUGCCAAUGGAAAUGAGAUGCCUACACUUGACCAGGAGCAGAGCUACAGUCUGCUCUCUCUCACUGAGACCGAUGGACAGACCAUUAUGAGAUUCGAGAGGUCCAUCAAGUCUUGUGACACAGAUGACCAUCCUAUUACUGAGCUUCCCGUCAAGCUGAUCUAUGCGUAUGGGCAGACUGAUCAGAUUGGGUAUCACAGACAGCUCCGAGGCACCAAGGAGGUGAAUCUGCUCAAGUACAUGCCUCGCUCCAUCCCCACCCAGAGCCAGUACUUCGACAUGACCAUGUUAAAUUUCACAGUUCCUGCUGUGGACACCCGUUAUGAGUGCAGGGUGUUGAACGCGCCCACAUUUGCUGAGAAACAGCACAUCUAUCGGAUCGCGCCACUGAUUGAUCACCUGGAUCUCGUGCACCAUUUGCUUCUCUACAAAUGUCCGCCGCAUGUGAACGAAACCUUUCAGGAGCAAUGCUACACUAAUCCCAAACACGGUGCCUGCUUUCAAAUCAUGGCUGCAUGGGGAGUAGGGGGCGGGGACUUUGAGGUCCCAGAGCAUGUGGGGAUUCCUAUUGGAGGAGACGAGGGGGACUGUAUGUACAGGCUUGAGAUCCACUACAAUAAUCCAAUGUUGAUUGAAGGUCUGGUGGACAACUCAGGGCUGCGCUUGUACUACACAUCCCAGCUCCGCAAGCAUGAUGCAGGCACUCUGAUGGCUGGUCUGGCAGUGGCCCCUGGGUACAUCAUACCACCCAAUACCACAUCUUUUCACGCAUAUGGUGUGUGUGACCUGCCCGCUGACACAAAGGUACUUUAAUCAUCAGUUCAGGAUAUGCAGGUGUUUGCAACUGAACUGCAUACUCACCUGGCUGGGCGGAAGGUUCGGGUGGGUCACUUUAGGGAAGACAAACAGAUUGGAUUUUUGGCCUAUGAUGAUCACUACGACUUUGAAUUUCAGGAGAUGAAAUACCUGGGCAAAACAAAAACUCUUAAAAAGGGAGAUUCUCUUGUGGUGGAGUGUACAUAUGAUACCUCUAAUCGCACUGGACUCACAUGGGGUGGCUUGAGCACACAGGAUGAGAUGUGUCUGGUAUUUGUCCUCUACUAUCCUGCCUCCAAUAUAAGCAACUGCGUCAGUUUUCCUGACAUCGAGGCCCUAAAGACCAAACUGGGAGCAUCAACAGAUAAUGAAUUGUACGUGAUGCUCUACCAGAAGAAAUGGGAUGAAGAGGCAGUCAUUGAGUACGAGAGGACCUUGAAAAACAUCCCACAAGACCUUAUGGUAGAUGAUGGAGAGGCAAGAGAUAGAGGAGCCGCCCAGCAACUGGAAGGUUGCUGGUUGGAGCCCUACUCCUCCUGA